AUGCACGCUCUUUACUUUCCCACUAAACAACGGUUAUGCCUCAUUCCAGCUAUUUCCAUAACCAAUGACGAGUCAGAACGUACAGUCUCAAAACCUGAUUCUGUUUGGACCAACUUCUUAAACAAGGUGGCUUCACAAAGACGGUUGGCUAUUGCUGCCCUGGUCCUGACAGUCCUUACACUGGCAGCUCUAGUUGGCCUGGGUGCCUUUUUCUGUUAUCGAAGAAAAUUUGGGGCAGCUUCUCCAGCAAAAGGUCGUGGAAAAUACCGGAUUCUCUAUAAUACGGACGGCGAUGAAGUUGUUGGAAACCAUCAUCCUCUCUUCUAA